GCAGUCCCUUCAUCGCCUGGCUCGGAUUGCGACUCCAACAAAUCUGGGCUCCAUGGAAGCCGGGACCAGAAGCCUUGGAGCCCGGAUGUGGUCCAGAAGCUGGUUGACGAAGCCGCAGCGGUUCUGGAAAUGCACACUCCGUCCCUUCCAGGAGCCUCAAGAAGAAGCUCUCCACUGAUGGCGAAGGCUUCACCCCUCAUGAAGAGUGCAGACUUGGUAUCUUCAGCAGUUGCAGAUGCUGCAUCUGCUGCAGAUGCUUCACCCGAGGGCAAGCCGCCAGAGAUUUGCGGCACCCCCUCGCCGUGGCAGAACCACAGCCACAGUCGCCAGGAGUUCAUGUGUGCCACACCCUCUCCAUGGCAAGGCUCUGCCGUAGUCAACCCCGAGAUCACUGCGAAGCUGUUGGCCAUGGGUCAGCAGAAGGGCUCGGACGGCAGUGUCCAGGACCCAGUUGCUAUGAUCGUUGCUUCAGCGGCCGCUGCUGCAAACAAAGAUCCGCCUGUGCCACCACCUGCCCAGGCAGCUCUUUACCAGGCUUCGGUCCCUCGGUCGGGUCCAGAGUACCUGCAAGGCAUUGCGAGGCUCCUCCAGCGCAGUCUGGACCUCGGCGGGCUGAUGCAAGGGUACUCCAAAGCUGCGAUGAGUCCUCAGGUAGCUCCGCCGCUCAGGUUGCCCCGCAUCGAGUCCGGGAUCGGCGUCAUCGAGGAAGGCGACAACACCUUCCCCCACAGUGCAUCUUCCGAUCCGGAGAUUGCGCCAGAUCUGCAGGCUAUGGCUGCCAGCUUCGCAUCGCUGGUGAAGCCAGAACAGCCUGGCGCAGAAGCUGUCCAGCGCGGGCCCCAGCAUCUCGAUGUGCUAGCAUUUGAGGGCAUACUGGGCUUGGAUGAGAACUGCGACAGAGUUUUGAGGAACUUCGAGGAAAUCGAGUGUGCCCUGGUCACCACGCCUGAGGAGCGGAAGGCUUUCUACGAGAAAUGGAGGCUUGACCAGAAGUGCCGGCAGCUGGUGGAGGAGCAAGCUCCCUCAGUUCAGCGGGAGCUGAUCUCCAACUUCAACCCGCCACCCGGGACAAAGAACGUGGCCUCGGCACCAUUCGCGGUAGGCCGCAGGACCGAGAAGAAUGUGGACGCAGAUCCCCUGGAAGGCAUGCUACAGGAUCAGGGCUCGACAGGGAGUUUCUGCGUUGCAACAGACCGCUCGAAAGAGGCCGCAGCUUUUGAGAAAGAGGAGCGAGCAGCUCGACGGGGAGUCAUUGGCGCUUUUGACAAGGAGUAA